AUGUCAACAAAUGAUAUACUUUAUGCAUGUGUCAGUUAUAAAGGUGUUGUUUUAGUAGAACACAAAAUGGUUAAUGGUAACUUUAUUGAUUUAGCAAAAAAACUUGUAGCCAAAAUUCCACCAAACUCAAAAAAGAUUUAUUCAUCAGAGAAUCACAACUUUCAUUAUAUUUCAGAAAAUGAUUUAGCAUUUUUAUGUCUUUGUCAUGAAAAAUUUGGAGUUCAAAUACCAGCAGAAUUUUUAAUGGAUGUUAAAGUUCGUUUCAUUUCAACAUUUGGUCAAUCAUUUGCUCACAAUUUAAAUGGAAAUUACGAACCAUUCGCUAGAACUUUAGAAGAGCGUAUGAGACACUAUUCAAACCCAAAAUCUAAUAAAAUGAAUUUAGUCAUGGAUCAAGUUUCAGAAGCUAGAGGUGUUAUCACUGAUGCAAUUGAAAAAACAAUUCACAGAGGUGAAAAAAUUGAAAUUAUUGUAGAUAAAACUGAAAGAUUACAAGCAGAAUCAUUCCAAUUCAAAUCAAACUCAGUUCAAUUAAAGAGAAAGCUUUGGUGGCAAAAUAAAAAAUUAGCCAUUGUAAUUGCUAUUGUUGUUAUAAUAUUGAUUGCAGUCAUUACACUUAGUGUUUUAAAAUAUUUCAAGGUUAUUUAA